UUUCCUUUAAACUGGAUCCCUUGAGACAUGGGACCAUGCAGCCUCCUGUAUUGUACUCCAGUGUACUCUUCAAUUCACUUUGCAUACCAGAAGCCUCCCGGACAAAAGAUGUUCCUUUCAAAGUCAUCGGGCUCUUGCCACAAAAAAAUGAAAGUACUUUUCUUUGGAAACAGAUUUAUAAUCUUUAUGACAGAAAUAUAUCUAUAUACAGAUAUGGAAGAAUUGAGUUAAAUAUGUUUCUAAGCGAAAAGCAAUAUAUGAUCGUUCCAAAUGAUCAUUUAUGUUUAGAGAGAAUAACUCCCAGGAGAGAUCUAUUUACUAAUAGUCUGACUCGAGGAAAUGGCAAUAUAUUUAUUGUAAUGGUAAAGCAGUGCCUUGGAAAGAGAAAAGCAAAACCUGUAGAUCGACUGAAUUCCUAGGAUCCAGGAAAUGGGCACAAACUGUUAAGACAGUUAGCACUUCCUGAGGAUAUACUGACAGGAGAUGUUACUUAUGAACAGUAUAAACAACUUUUUGAAGCCAUGGAGUGUUCAGAAGAGUUCAACAAGAGUUGAAUUUUUGAUGAAACAUUAGAAGAUAUGCAACAAAAUGCAUUUUCAAUGUAGAAUGCUUUAACAAUGCAAACAGACUGUCAUGCAAAGGGAAACUGUUACCAGUGCAAAGUGUUCUCAUUCCAGUGGAUGUGUUGUAGCAUUUACUUUUGUGAGGGGACUUGAAAAACAUUGAGAAGCAUUUACCAAAUGAACCUGAACAAGACCACUAGUUUUACUUAUCAGUCAAAAGCACCUUAUGUGGUGGUCUUCUUGUUAAUUUUUUUUUAAAUAUUUAAAUAAACACUUUAUAGUGAGACUGAAAUUAAACCAACUGUACUUUAAGAUGUACAUAUACAAAUGCAUUUAUGGCAUUAAAAACUUUUUCUGCCAGGAUUAAUCCUUAAGCUCUGCUUUUCUGCAUUUGUCUUCUUUAUUCUUAGAUCUGGAGUGUGGAACUCAAAGGUGUUGAGUUUGCAUUGUCAGUUAAAAGAUGGGUUUAUUAAGUAUAUUAUUUAUAAAAUGCUUAUAAUCACUGUUUG